UUUCUUCAUCAAAUCUGAUUUAAAUGGAUUUGAAUGGAUUUGCAUGGAUUUGGAUUGAUUUGAAUGGAUUUAAAUGGAUUUGUAUUGCCUAGUGAGAGUAUGAAAGAACUUCAGAAGAUAUUUCGUCUUGUUCUUAAUCCUGAUUCUACAUACUUCAUACCUAAUAAAUACAUUAUGAACAGGCUUCUGGAGUGCGCUAAGCUAUUUUCUCUAGAGCCUGAGCCGCCUGGAGUUUGCCCAUUGGUUUUUGAUUCAUGGUCCUGUUUCAGAGCAACUCCCCAAAAUACAGUUCAGUACUCGUCAUGUCCCCAGAUAUAUCAGCUGAAUUAUAGGGAGGAAAACUUAGCUGAGAAGUUUUGUACAAGUAAUGGAACCUGGUGGAUUCACCCUGUAUCUAAUAGAACCUGGAGUAACUAUACAGGGUGUGUAGACCAAGCAGAUUAUAGGUUCAGAACAAUUAUGACUUCAAUAAGUUUGACAGGUUUAUGGAUUUCUCUCAUGUUCCUUCUAAUUGCUUUGACAGUGUUCACGACCUGUCGAUCCUUGCACUGUGGACGAGUGACGAUGCACAUCAACCUCCUCCUCUCUCUUGCCCUCAGCAACAUAUUCUGGUUGAUCUGGUACUACACCGUCAUAUUCGAGAUCAGUGUUUGGUCUGAGAAUCUAGUCUGGUGCAGAGGGUUACAUCUCCUCGUUACAUACUUUACAAUGACAACAUACUUCUGGAUGCUUUGCGAAGGAACAUAUCUUCAGCUUCUACUCAUGAACACAUUCCAGGUUGGAAAGAAUACGGUUCGGAGUUUGAUUUUCCUUGGUUGGGUUUUACCUUCUAUCUUCAUCAUACCCUACGCCAACUAUAAACAGACUUUUGAGAAUGAGAACUGCUGGAUGGAUUACGGAGUGAGCAGAUGGUUUCUAGGUGUUCCAGUUGCAGUUGCAGUGAUCAUCAAUGCCUUAAUCCUUUGUAACGUAAUAAGGAUUUUAAGAGGAAAACUGAAUAUAAGUUCUCCAAUUCAGUCCACGCAUGGAGGUGUUCCUAGGUCCAACAGUUACAGCCGAGCUAAUGCUGCGACACUUCAACAGGCUAAAGCAGUUUUUAUUUUGAUUCCUAUUCUUGGAACACAUUUUAUCAUGAUUCCUAGUCGACCUGAGGAGGGAACAGAGUUUGAAUAUGUGUAUGAAGUCAUCUCUUGUUUAUCCUCAUCCUUUCAGGGUAUUAUUGUCUCUGUUCUGCUGUGCUUUUAUAACUCUGAGGUUACUACACUUAUAUCCAGGAGGAUGCAACAAUUCAAGUUGACCCACGGGUUUACAGCCUACCAGGGAUCCUUAAGAGCUCAGAGAAUGUAUCCAGAUGUCGGCCUCGAAAUGAAUCCGAUCCCUGCAAUACAAGAUAACGUCGAGAUGCAGGGCAGAAUGUCGUCUUCUGGCCCUGAAGAUUCUGUGGUUCGUAUUCUUCGAACUCUUGAGACCACAUCAUCUAUAUCUGAUAGAUCACACCAUAUACAUUCUACUCCGGAGAGGUCACACCAUAAACAUUCUACUCCGGAGAGGUCACACCAUAUACAUUCUACUCCGGAGAGGUCAAACCACAUACAUUCUAUACCCUAGAGGUCACACCAUGUACAUUCUAUACACUAGAGGUCACACCAUGUACAUUCUAUACCCUAGAGGUCACACCAUGUACAUUCUAUACCCCAAAGACUUUGCUAAUUAGCAAAGUCUUUGCUAUACCCUAGAGGUCACACCAUGUACAUUCUAUACGCUAGAGGUCACACCAUAUACAUUCUAUACCCUAGAGGUCACAACAUAUACAUUUUAUACCCUAGAGGUCACACCAUAUACAUUCUAUACUCUAGAGGUCACACCACAUACAUUCUACACCCUAGAGGUCACACCUCAUACAUUCUACACCCUAGAGGUCACACCAUAUACAUUCUAUACCCUAGAGGUCACACCAUAUACAUUCUAUACCUUAGAGGUCACACCAUAUACUUUCUAAUUAGAGGUCACACCAUAUACAUUCUACACCCUAGAGGUCACACCAUUAUACAUUCUAUACCCUAGAGGUCACACCAUGUACAUUAUAUACCCUAGAGGUCACACCAUAUACAUUCUAUACCCUAGAGGUCACACCAUAUACAUUCUAUACCCUAGAGGUCACACCACAUACAUUCUACACUCUAGAGGUCACACCUCAUACAUUCUACACCCUAGAGGUCACACCAUAUACAUUCUAUACCCUAGAGGUCACACCAUAUACAUUCUAUACCCUAGAGGUCACACCAUAUACAUUCUACACACUAGAAGUCACAAUGUCCACAUUCUACACCCUAGAGGUCACAAUAUCUACGUUCUACACCCUAGAUGUCACAAUAUCUACAUUCUACACUCUAGAGGUCACAAUAUCUACAUUCUACACACUAGAGGUCACAAUAUCUACAUUCUACACUCUAGAGGUCACAAUAUCUACAUUCUACACCCUAGAGGUCACAAUAUCUACAUUCUACACCCUAGGUGUCAUAACAUAUACAUUCUACACCCACGAGGUCACAACAUAUACAUUCUACACCCUAGAGGUCACAACAUAUACAUUCUAAGCCUAGAGGUCACAAUAUCUACAUACUACACCCUAGGUGUCAUAACAUAUACAUUCUACACCCAAGAGGUCACAACAUAUACAUUCUACACACUAGAGGCCACAACAUAUACAUUCUAAGCCUAUAGGUCACAAUAUCUACAUUCUACACCCUAGAGGUCACAACAUAUAAAUUCUACACUCUAGAGGUCAUAACAUUAACUUUCUAUAAUUUAGAGGUCAAAAUUUGGUAUAUAUUUGCAGUACAGUUAGUAAAUUCUAAACAGUACGAAGUCUGCACCGUAAACAUGCAGAAAGUACAUCAAUAUCAUCACAUGAUAGUUUCUCCAUGAAGUGUUUUUAUGUAAAAUAAGUCAUGUCCAAUUAAUUAAUCAAUUUAAUGUUGUCUUUUAUUAAUCAUGUGAUUCGCCCUUUUAUAUAAAAUAGUGCUUGAAUAUUUUAGAAAUAUAUCCGUUAAAACAA